GCCGGGCGGUCCGGUCGCCAUGGAGCUGGCGGCGGGGGUCUCCAAGCAGGCCAUUCGCCAGCAGGUCUGGGACUUCAUGGAAGCGCAUGAUCUGGCCGACUUUCCCCGCCCUGUGCAUGGCCGGAUCCCCAACUUUAAGGGCGCUCCCGGGGCGGCCGAGCAUCUCCUGCGCUGUGACGCCUUCCGGUCGGCCAGAACGGUCAAAGUGAACCCCGACGCGCCCCAGAGAGCCGCACGCUUCCUCGUCCUCGAGAGCAAGAAGAUGCUGCUGGUCCCCACGCCCCGCCUGAGGACAGGGCUGUUCAACAGGAUCACGCCUCCCCCGGGGGCCACCAAGGCCGUGCUGAGGACAUGCGCCACCUCCGAGGGCGUGCGGAGCUACAGUACCCCCGUGGGGCUGGAUUCCAGGGUCCGGGUGGACCUGCUGAUCGUGGGGUCCGUGGCGGUUUCGGAGAAAGGCUGGAGGAUCGGGAAGGGCGAGGGCUACGCUGACCUCGAGUACGCCAUGAUGGUGGCCAUGGGCGCGGUCAGCCAGGAGACGCCGGUGCUCACCCUCGUGCACGACUGCCAGGUGCUGGACUUCCCGGAGGCGCUGCUGGAGGAGCACGACCUCACCGUGGACUUCAUCCUCACGCCCACGCGCCUGCUGGCCACCGGCUGCGCGCGCCCCAAGCCCAGCGGCAUCACGUGGGCCAAGAUCCACGCGGACAUGCUGGCCAGGAUCCCGGUGCUGCGGACCCUGCGCGACCGGGAGCGCCGGGCCGGGAAGGACGUGACCCUCAGGGCCGAGCCCCCGCAGCCAGCAGGAGCAGGACGGGGCCGCGCCCACCGCCCGCGUGAGGGGCCUGAGCGUGCCCUCGGGGCGCCCACGACUGCGCCGGGCGCCAGCGUGCCCAGGAUGAGCCUGACCAGGCGGGCAGCUCCUCCAGGGGGUCCAGCAAGGAUGUGGGACGAGCGUGCCUGA